GUACGGUAGCUCCAUUGAACCUGAGUUAUGUCGGUCGGAAUAUCAAAGUGUAAGUGAAGUGGCCUAGAGACCUACAUUUUGACACACGUAUUAUCGCUUUUAUGCGUGAUUUUUGAGAUAAAGCGUAUCCUUAUACGGCGUAGGUGAAAUACUUAAAAGUUCUUUGGGCGACAUUAUUCUGUCGCCCUGUCCAAUUAUUUGUGUAUAAUGCACGAAGACGCUCCAAAAAUGAGUGUAGCGCAAAGUCUACCCGCCUCCACGAGUCAGGCGAAGAGUGAGAUCGUGACUGAUGUCCCCCCCGUGGACUAUGAAAUGAACACUGUUGAACUAAAACCCUCUCAAACUAUCGAAAUGGACUUAAAGCUUGCUUAUGUGAACCCCUCCAGCGGCGCUGGUGGCGAACCAGGCGCUUAUUUGCCAGCAGCCGGCACAGUAUGCGACCAAACCGACACUAAGGAUGUGAUUGAAGAACUUUGUCCCGUUUGCGGAGACAAAGUCAGCGGUUACCACUACGGGCUGCUAACGUGCGAGUCUUGUAAGGGAUUCUUCAAGAGGACCGUUCAAAAUAAGAAGGUGUACACGUGUGUCGCUGAGCGAGCCUGCCACAUAGACAAAACACAGCGGAAGCGCUGCCCAUUUUGCCGCUUCCAAAAGUGCCUCGACGUUGGCAUGAAACUCGAAGCUGUUCGAGCUGAUCGCAUGCGAGGAGGUCGUAACAAGUUCGGUCCUAUGUACAAAAGAGAUCGUGCCCGCAAACUGCAAAUGAUGCGACAGAGGCAAAUCGCAGUGCAGACUUUACGUGGCUCUUUGGGAGAUAGUGGUCUAGUGCUUGGCUUUGGGCCACCUUACGCAGCGGUUCCAGUCAAGCAAGAGAUACAGAUCCCACAAGUGUCAUCUCUCACAUCAUCGCCAGAGUCUUCACCAGGCCCAGCUUUGCUGGGUGCGCAGCCGCAGCCGCCCCAGCCUCCGCCGCCACCCGCUCACGACAAGUGGGAAGCGCAUUCGCCGCACUCCGCCUCUCCAGACGCAUUUGCGUUUGACGCACCAGCCACAGCAGCCGCAACGCCGUCGAGCACCGCCGAACCCACAAGCACUGAAUCCCUACGAGUCUCACCCAUGAUACGCGAAUUCGUACAAACUAUUGAUGACCGCGAGUGGCAGAAUUCGCUAUUUGGGCUCUUGCAGAGUCAGACGUACAAUCAGUGUGAGGUCGAUCUCUUCGAGUUAAUGUGCAAAGUAUUGGACCAAAACUUAUUUUCACAAGUGGAUUGGGCGAGAAACACCGUGUUCUUUAAGUAUUUAAAGGUCGAUGAUCAGAUGAAGCUCUUGCAGCACUCAUGGUCUGACAUGUUGGUGUUAGAUCACCUUCACCAGCGAAUGCACAAUGGCUUGCCUGAUGAGACUACACUUCAUAAUGGUCAGAAGUUUGACCUCCUGUGCCUCGGUCUCCUGGGCGUACCAUCGUUGGCUGACCACUUCAAUGAGCUCCAGAACAAACUAGCAGAGCUGAAAUUCGAUGUCCCUGACUACAUUUGCGUUAAAUUUUUACUUCUAUUAAAUCCUGAAGUAAGAGGCAUCGUUAAUGUGAAGUGCGUCCGAGAUGGCUAUCAGACAGUUCAAGCUGCUCUCCUCGACUAUACGCUGUCCUGUUAUCCAACGAUACAGGACAAAUUCGGGAAACUAGUAAUGGUAGUUCCCGAAAUCCAUGCGCUAGCCGCACGUGAGAGGAGCACCUAUACCAGCGACACUGCGCUGGACAGGCACCUACACAGACUCUCCUCAUGGAAAUGCUGCACGCAAAGCGCAAGCCGAACGGAGGUGAAAUGGUUAACCGGAAUGCCGAGCACACGUCGACACUUGACCGAUUGUGCGGAUUCCUGCCUAGCGACGCGAUUGAGCAACAAUCGCCAAUAUAGAAUCUUGAAGUCUCAGAGAAGAGAAACAGACCACAAAAGCGCAAAGCGCUCCCGACACCGCAUCAGAAUAGAAUAUGCAACAAACUUUACUUAUUAGUUAGUUUUAGUUUAUAACUUGGUGUGUGAUUUUCAAAUUUAAGUUAUUGCGCCGAGCGCCGGCCGGUGGUGCCGCGCGUGCCUAGUCCGAUACAGAUAAAACAAAUAUUUAUCUACCUAUUGUCUGUAAAAUAAUAUACAAAUAUUAUACACCAGUCUUGUGUAGCUAUGGUUAAUUUAUUUAGCAGUCUAUAUCGUGUUACUUCAAAAUUGAGUAAGUACAUUAUAUAACUAGGUUCUCUUUUACACCGGUGCGUAAGCAAAGGGAAAUAUUACAAUACAUAUUUUAGGAAAGUGUCUGUGAUUAUAAACGAAGAAAUUUGAUGAAAACCGUUUUUAAUGUUAGUUGAAAUGAUCAUUAUGUGUAAUAUAACUGUAGAUGUUAGUUGUAUUCAGUACCAUACGUACAUACGUACAUACAUUUUAUGUUGUGGUUGCGCAGCGCAACUAGCGACGCCUGAGUUUAUUUCUUUCAUGUUACUUAUUAAAUUUAUAGAUUACCUUUCUUUUUAUGAGUAUCAAGCACUUUACAUUUGAAUGUAUAAUACUGUCUUCACUAAUAUCGUAUAAAACGUUGUGUUCUAUAGCUUACAUGUCUCGCGGCGUGAGUGAUUGUUGAUGGAUGUCGAUUGUUGCAAAGAGCGACAGGUUUAUAAGUGUAGGUAGGUAUAUUGGGCUUGAUUGAAAAUAAAGUUUAUCGAAUGUUGAUAUUGGUCUAUGUGUAUUAUAUAACGUAUAAAGAAUAGAGUUAAUCGCGAAUUAAAUAAAGUUUAAAAUUUUACAGUUGUUCCUUAAAAUGUUUAUCUGAAUGUUGUAUAAAGUUAAUCAAAUAUUGUUUCUAUCGGCCAUACCAGUACAAAAUCAAAUAUAAUCCUUGUAAAUAACAUAAGCACAUUUGCAGUGAUUUAAUCUACUUAUGAUUGUGUAACUAUGUAAAAUAUUCUCAACGUACGUGCAAGAAGCCUUAAAAAUCAUAGAUUUUUAAAAAUAUAUGGGUACUAGCGUCUAUCGGCUGAUGGCCGAGGAAGGCGAUGUAUUUUUAUAUAAAACAUAUUGUUCUUUAUUAACAUAUAUAAUAUGUUAACUGAAAGUACAUGAUUUCGUAUUUUUCUAACAAAUAAUAUAGUAGCGUACGUAAUCAAGUAAAAAGAUCUACUUUUAAAGUGGAAGUGAUUAUACAUAAUAUUGAAUAUAAAGUGUAUCAUAAAAAAUCUAUGUAAAUCUGUCAUAACGACGUUACAAAUUUAAUUUGAAAACGUUUUCCUUUAACAACGGUGUCAAUUGGAUGAAAGGAAACUGCCCAUUAGACAACAGUUUGUUUGUUUCGACAUUUGAGCAUGAAACGUGAUGAAAGCAAGUGGACGACACUUGUAAUAGUUUGGUAACCGAGCGGCGAGCGGCGAGCGGUAGACGCUAACGCUGGGCACUGCAUGAGGGUACUCCACAGUCUACGUAAUCUAACGAAUCAUUUAAGUAACUAUACAUUGUGAUUUCACGGUUUGUGUUUAAACUGAAUGUUAUUAUUCAAAUUGUUUUUACGUAAUACCAAUGCACCAAGUGCGAAUGUUUAGCUAGUAGGUUGCGUCAACGAGUAGAUUACGGUUAUUGAUAAUGGUGGUUUGUUCAUUUUGGCUUAGUAUGUUUCAUGUAGGCUCACGUAAAAUGUACAAAUCUAUGGCACCGUAUUAUAUCUACAAACCGUCCAGUGAACACGCAGAAUACACUGUAAUAUAAUUAUUAUCAUGUUUCAAAUUCACGAAUUAACUUUCUAUAGACGUGAUACUAGUUGGCAUACAGCAAGGUAGCAUACGAACGGUGUGGUACCUGUAAACAAACAACUUUAAAAAAGUUCCUUGAAACGUUGUUGUGGUACAAUUUUUAAUAUAUACACAUUUCUUGAAUUUCUUUAAAGAGCACUGUUGAAAGUUUUAUAAAAAUUUAUUUACGACUGUAACAUUUUUAGUUAUUUGCCGUAUUUAAUACAUUUUCAUAAUAGCAUUUCGUCUACACUUUUUAUAAUCAAAGACCACAGUUUCUAUGUAAAUAGUUAACAGUUAUUAAUCAAAAUCUCCACGUAUGUGUACGUCUUGUUAUAACUUAAAGAAUAAUGUUUAACUAAAAUAGGUACAAAAAGAAGCUUCGGUAAAGGAAGAAUCUGUUUGGAAUAAGCACGUACUGAUUGUAUUAUUCAUUUACUUGGAAAUGUUUUCACAAUCGAUCAUUGGUUUAACGCGCACGUUUCCCUCUCAAUGUUCUUGAUCGUCCUUAGUCCAAAGCAUUCUUCACUCACGUCACUUCGAUUCUACAUCGCUAGCGGUGUAAGCAAAUAUAUAGAAUUGAAGUAACUCGCAGCUUCUCAAAUUUAGGGCUUUAUUAAAGGCAAAGCUGAUCUGUGAUGGUAUGACAUAGUUAAGUACAUAAGACGGCGUGGGUCAUUAUUCUGCUCGUGUUUGCGCGAGCGCAGCGAGUAAUUGUGACCAAUUUUAAUCAAAACACCCGUUUGUCCAGUGCAGCUUUAAAAUAGACCUCGUUUAUCGACAGGGUUCAUGUUUGAAGUCGGUGAACUAAGAAAUCUUAAUACUAUCGUGUUAGACAAGUUACAAAACAUUAGCACCACUAGUUCGGAAGCCGUUUAUACCUCAAUGUUCGAUUCCUUUAAUUAGAUCUGUGAAUUUAUUACCAAACAUGUUACCAUUUUAAAUAUUUAUAUUUAAUCAUCAGUCACAUGGAUAUUUUGCUUAGAUUUACAGUAUUAUUUUGAUAGAUAUAUUAUUCAAGCAACAUUCACGUUUCUAAUUUAAGGGGUCGCUUCAUAUUGCCUCGGGGCAAACGACUACAUGCAUACAUUUUACUACUAGUAUACUAUAUUUAUGUAUUUAUACAUCGCGAGGCUUAUUAGCAUUAGAUGAUAUAUUUGUGUAUAUUAAUCUUUUGAGAUGCUUAUCUAAAUAAAUUGCGUUGAUAAUUCUAAACUUUCUUUAAAUUCAAAUCUAAAAAUAGUUUAUUUGCACUAAAGUACAAGUACUUACUUUCCACGUUUGUAAACCUUAUAAUUAUAAAGUAACACCACUGAUUAUAUUAUCGCAUUAUACCUAAUACAAAGUAGAUGAGUUUUCAAUAGAAUAUAGCGUGUGGUAUUAAUAAUUUAUCUGUAAAUUAAUUGUUACUAUAUUUUGAUUUGUCCGGUUUAUUUAGCUAACAUUAUGUAUGUAUCGAUUUUAGAAUUAUUAAAUUUAUAAGUGUAUGCAUAGUGAUGUAGUCAGUCGAAGUAAUUGGCCGCAGAAUAGGUCUCGGAGAUGUAUGCCAUCCACACACUCCAUCAAUGGCAACCUCUGUGGCACAGACAGUUGUCGAAAGCCCUAAGCAGGUUGUCUUGCUGAGACCUGAAUGGUAGACCGUACGCGAUCGACUUGUUAAGUACAAUACUACAACACGAACUACAAAGGUUACAUUCUCGAUAGUAAACGGUUCAACAAUAAGGUGCCAGUGUUCAUAAUGAGUAGUUUUUGUUAGUCCAUUAAUUUGCUAUUACAUCUUUUGUCAUUCGCUUCACAUUUGAUUUAAUCGACUUUAAUUUUACCUUUAAAUAUUUAAUUCGUUUGAAUAUAUAAAUCUAAACCUACUAUUUAGACAUAAGAUUAGGUUGUAACGUACAACGUAAAGUUGUUAUUUAGUGUAUGUUAUGUAAGUAAUAUCUAUAUUUAUGACUUAAAAUUAUAAGUAUUUUUAAUGAUAAGGUACACGAUGAGUGUUCUAUGUAAAUGUAAAUUUUGAGUUCAACUAGGUGUAAGUGAUAGAUAGUAAACAAACUGCGCAGCGGGGAUCAUCGCGUUCCCGUGGUACUGCGGCUCGCUGCCCACGGGAGCGGGAUGCUCGUCCAACGUCGGGCACUGUUAUUUCGCUCAGAUUCGCUCGCGCAGCGUAACGUAUCCGUAGCCGGUCUCGCAUUCAGUAUCGCGGCGACGACGUCCGCGUCUCUCGCAUGAAUUCGUUUCGUCAUCACGUGCUUUGCUCGAUACUAACUGUGUUAGGCGAUCGGUUGCAGAUGACUAUGUACGCGUCGCACACAUUCCAAAAUAUCGCUAACGUAACGCUAAAUGACGCGCAUAGACAAGCGUUGCAAUUUGUAAGUUUACCACUUUGUUGUUCAUUAACGAUAAGUUAGGAUUAAUCUCAGUCGAUGUUGUUUAACUUUAGUCUGUGUAUAGUAUUCUCGUGGAUAAGUUUAUAUGUGAGGAUGUGAAUUUGAGCGAAUCGACAGGCCUCAGCCUGAAGGGUUCAUACUAGCUGUAAAUCUUAAGUACCUAAGCGAUAAUUUCUGUUGCACCUAACUUUAUUUCGCGCGCCGUGUUAGUUCUACUUUAUCAAUUGUACAUAUAGAUAGGGCGAGGUAUACAGUUUGCAUUCAUCUUAAAUGGUUAAUUGUUGUAUCUGAAAAUAUGGGGCUGGCAAAUACCAAUGCAAUACCGCAUUUGCUGUUGAUAAAAUAAAGUAAAUCUUAAAGUGAUACCAUCCUAGAUGUAUGGCUAUUUAUGUGUUACUGUUAAAGAAGUGGUGAGGUCACGAGUCGAGGGCAGGGAUUACGGUUGCGGGUCAUCUACCUAGCUAUAGUGUGUAUGGUAUACGAGUACGAAGACGCACAACGAGCCCCGACCCUAAGAGUGGCUCGCGGCUCCGUCCACGCCACGAGUGGAACACGACCCUCGCAACUUGGUCCAGUGACCGUUCUGAUAGUUAUUAUUGUAAUAACAUAAGUACACCCAGUAAUGUUCAGCCACGAAGGCUUAUUGUGAGGCUGCUACCAUUUUAACUGAACUGUUCGCAAUUUUACUUAGCUCUAUUUAAACGUUCUACGUUUAAACACCACAUCACUGCUGACAUCACUUAAUGAUAGUAAACAAUAUUUUUUCAUAGAUGUAUAAAAUGUGAAUUUGUCACGGCACGAAUAAUUUAAUUACACAUUGCCUUGUAAGGAUUUAACAUUGAUACGUAAAUCAAUGAGCGCGGGCACAGUUCAGUUAGAGUGGAGCAACCGGCACUAGCUACCACAGCCACAUAAUUGUACCGUGUCAUUACCUCACAUUUGCGUCUUUUAUACAAUAUAAUAGUUAUUGUUGUCGCUAAAUCUUUAAACUUAUUUUUAUUAUCAUUAUUGUUUAGAGGUGUCAUUAAGUUUAAAACACAAUGAUCUAUUUUUAGAUGGCAACAUAGAUGAUAUGUAAGGCGGUGUGAGAUGUCGCCCGAGCAUCUUCAAUGUAUUUAUUUUCAUGGUGAUUAAUAAAUAUUGUGAGACGCACGUACGCGCCGGCGGCGAUGGGCGCGCGCUCGCGCCGCCGCCCGUUAUUGUAGAAAUAAAUGAUAUUUUCGUUUAAAUAA